AGAAUCUGAGGUUGGUAAGGUGGAAGCGGGCAGAAAGCAGGAAGGAAGAAGCACUCUCUGGCGUGGCCAGAGGAUGCCAGGGCUAUCCUGAGUGCGAGAGUAUCCCCAAAGCGCCCAUCUACUUCAUGCCCACGUGCGGGCGUGUGAAGAAAGAGAAGAGAGCCAGAGCCAAGAGUCGCCGGCUGGAGAGGAGGCGCGCAGCGACCGCCGGCUGAGCGUGCAGCUGGGCGCAGAGCCCAGGGGCCGCCCAGUAGUCGGGAAGCGGUGCAGCGCGCCGGGAGGGAGGUGGCGGCGACGACAGCGGGGCUUCCCCAGGCUUUCCCUCCUGGGUCCUGAGCGCCGGGCGCCAGCCCUGGACACAGAAGCAGCACUGCUUGCAAGUGAGCAGGGAGUUCCUGACGCGCCCCUGACCGGAGUGAUCGGGAGUGGGACCGGAGGAGGCUGGUGCGGUGUCUGGGUGUCCGGGAGCCCAGAGCGGGAGGCUGGGACUCAACCCUUCCCGCCGCCCCCACCCCACGCCCGCCUCCCGCCCCCGCCCGCGGCCUGCAGCGCGCCUCCCUCACCGCCCAGGCUCCGGAGAGCGGCUCCGGCCGAGUCGUGGGAGCCACGGACGGCGCCAGCUGCCGCUGCGGGAGCUACUCUGGCUGCACCAUGCGGGAGCUGGCCAUUGAGAUCGGGGUGCGAGCCCUGCUCUUCGGGGUCUUCGUUUUUACAGAGUUUUUGGAUCCAUUCCAGAGAGUCAUCCAGCCGGAAGAGAUCUGGCUCUAUAAAAAUCCUUUGGUGCAGUCAGACAACAUACCUACCCGCCUCAUGUUUGCAAUUUCCUUCCUCACACCCUUGGCUGUUAUUUGUGUGGUGAAAAUUAUCCGGCGGACAGACAAGACUGAAAUUAAGGAAGCCUUCUUAGUGUCCUUGGCUCUUGCUUUGAAUGGAGUCUGCACAAACACUAUUAAAUUGAUAGUGGGAAGACCUCGCCCCGAUUUCUUUUACCGCUGCUUUCCAGAUGGGGUGAUGAAUUCAGAGAUGCACUGCACAGGUGACCCUGACCUGGUGUCGGAGGGCCGCAAAAGCUUCCCCAGUAUCCAUUCCUCCUUUGCCUUCUCGGGCCUCGGUUUCACAACAUUCUACCUGGCUGGCAAGUUGCACUGCUUCACGGAGAGUGGGCGGGGGAAGAGCUGGCGGCUCUGUGCAGCCAUAUUGCCCUUGUACUGUGCCAUGAUGAUCGCCCUGUCCCGCAUGUGUGACUACAAGCAUCACUGGCAAGCAGUGGCAGUCACAGUGAGCAGAAGAGCAGUGCCAUCCUUGCACGUGAAGGAAGUUCACCAGCUGCUGUGUCCGGACUCCAUACUCGGAUCAUCAGAACAGCAGCUAAUCACCACAUGCCCUCGACGUCCAUGCUUUGUCUUAGAAAUUUCUAGAAUACAAGCACUCUCAUGCUUGGUGUUUUUCAUAUUUCAUAUUAUAGAUCAAUAAAAUUCCAUGUACUAAUUUAUUUGGAAGAACUUAAAAGUAUAUGUUUCAGAAGACUGUGUUUGCCUACUAGCCUACUAUAAAUAUUGAUAGUAGCAGUGGUUGGCUCUAUAGAGGAUAGUGAUUUUUGUGCCCAUCCUUAAAAUUUUUGAUAGGGUCAGGAGAUGCACUAGCUCAGCAGAUGAAGGCGCUUGCUGCCAAGCCUGAUGACCUCAGUUUGAUCCUCAGAUCCUACAUAGUGGAAAGGAGAAAACCUACUUCUGAAAGUUGUUCUCUAACACACAGUAACUGUGGCGUGCACAUAUACACAUGCGCACAUGUACAUUUCUGUACUAAAUACAUUUUAAAAAUGGGAAAAUAAUUUUUAUAUUCUGAUAGAUCAAGGUAGAGUCUAGAUGCUUAAGAAGACCAGCAAUGGCUGGUAGCACACAAACUCACACAGCUACAUGAAGAGGUUCAUUUUCUGGAAAGAUACAAGGCUUUGACAACAACUCAAUAUGGUCUUUUAGUAAGUAAGAGGUAAUUAGCUUGACUUAAGCUGAGGUGACUACAGUGUCUGGCUUCCCGAGAAGUGUGGAAGCAGUUAUUCCUUGUCUGACCCAAAGUGGACAUAGCCUUUAUCUCACAGGCCUGUUGCAUUCUGAAGGCCAGGACCUCAGAAAGUCACAUGGUUACCAAGUAUAGAAUGAAACUGUCAGGGUUUACAUGGCCCCUAGACCAGUAUAGGCUACAGACUUAGGGUAAUAGUAUCCUAGUCUGUUUUAUCUGUCAACUAAAUAUAGCCGAGUCACCUGAAAGGGUGCCUGCAAUUAAAGCAUGUCCCAGAUCAUAUUGACCUAUAUUCAUGUACAUGUAGGGAAUAUCUUGAUUGUUAAUUGAGGUAGAAGACCCUAGCCCACUCUGGGUGACACCAUUCCCUAGGCAGAUAAUCUGGGUUGUAUAAAAAGAGAUGGCCAAAAAUAGGUCUUCAAGCAAUGAUCCUCUAUGUUUCUGCUUCAUGUUCCUUCUGUGAUGAUAAACUGAAACUAUAAGCUGAAGUAAACCUUUUUUUCCCUCUCCUAAGUUGCUUUCGGUCAUGGUAUUUGUUAAGUGUGCUAUGAGCAGCAAGAUGUUGGCCCGUUCUAUUCACAGCAGUGGAAUUUAACUGGAAUGCUGGGGGAAAUGGAGGUGCUUCCAAUGGCCUGUAGGUAGUGUGCACAGUUCCACAAGCUAACCAGAAUGUAGGUGGAACCCUGAGAGGGUAACAGCUGAGCAGGGCAGUGACUGGGCCUGAAUUUCAGAUUUCUUUUAUUGUGGGAGGUUUCACUGUGUCAGUAUGUUUGGGCAGAAACAAUCUGUAGAGACAGUUUGGGUGUGCACUGCACACACUGAGGGCUGUUGGGUAGGCCGUCUUUAUGGUGUCUCUAUUGAGUAGAUGAGGGCCAUGUUUGAGGCCCAUCUUUGCCUGAGGGGAGUUGUGUUGCUUCAUCUGUUCUGCACCACCAUCACCUCAUCUUGGAGAUACCCACAGCUCUUUGGAGGGAUCAGGCUCCUUUUCACAGACCUCUAAAGAGUUUGCCACACCUCAAAGACUGUUAAAGGUUUAUUCACCACGGGCCUCUGAGGUUUUAUUUCAUCCCAGAGAAACCACUUAUGGUGAGGCAGUGACCAGAACACCUGUUAGGGUUUCGUGGCUCACUAGAAAGAUCAAAAGACUCCGGUAAGAUUGGCCUAGGAAAAAUAAAUGUCAGCCUCGCUGAGGUGUUCAGAUGUGAGAGAGAUGGCUAGGGUUCUUCUUCCAGAGUUCAGUUACCCUGAAAAAAUCUAGAAUACCAGUCUGACCUCAUGCAAUGCUCAGGUAUGAGUUAAAGAAGUGUGUGUGUUGGAGGGGUGUAGAGUUAAGUCCUUGAUUUUUCAAAAAUUAUGUGUGGGGGGAGUGUAGGGGGCAAGGCACACAUUUGUUCUCUCCAUCUGUCUUUAUGUAGGUGCUGGGGAAUAGAACUCAGGCCAUCAGGCCUCUCAAGAGGUGUUUUGCCUGCUGAGCCGUUUCACUAGUCUAGAUCCUUGGGUUUUAGCAUUUAAAUGCCAGAAAUGAUGGCAAUUUGCAGAGACCACCAUGAUUUGCACCUCCAGCUUGCUCUUUUCCCUUUGGUCUUCCAGGAAAGUGGGUUGGGGGGUGGGUUGGAGAGACUGAAAGCAAUCCAGCAUCUUGGGCAACUGGAAAAA